AUGUGGUCGAAGCUGGCCCCUGGCGAAGCGGCAAUCGGCGCGAACCGUCUCCAAGCGGACCCCAGCGAAGUGGUGCACCGCCACGAGGGUGCUCCAGCGGCGGCGCCGGCAUCCGCGGCGUGCCAGAUGCAGCAGGAGCAGCUCUCGAAGUGCAUGCAGUCUGCCACCGACGCGUCGUCGCAGUGCCAGUUCUACCUGGACUCGCUCAAGGCCCCCCCCCCCGGGGACGUCAAGGUCGGCGCCCGCGACCUGGUCAAGGAGCUCCUGAAUCAGCUGCUCCAUGACGAGGAGAUGGCGAAGACAGUGGGCGCGUGGACGUACAGGCUGCUCGUGUCGUUGCAGGUGGACAUAGGCGCCCUGUUCGUCCGCAUCCUGCAGCAGGAGCAGGUGCUGGAGGCUGUCAACCGGCUGGCCGACCAGCUGGUCGAGUACUUGUGCGCGAGCCAGAGGAUUCAGGAGCGGGUCGGGGGCCUCCUGGUCGACGCUAUCUGCUUGCAGUCCUCCCGCGAAGCGGCGGCGCUGUGGGCGUGCGACCUGGUCGACCGCGAGGAUGUGACCGCUGGUUUCCGCGACCUCGUCGUCACCACUCUGCAAAUGGAUGAGGUGACGGUUGGCGCGCAGGCGUUGACCAAGCAGGUCGUGGACCGCGUGCUGAACGAUCCGGCGGUCAUCGGCGAGGCGAGGCGCGCGCUCAACGAGACGCUCCGCGACGGCGAGGUCCGGGCCACCGCCAAGGGGAGCCGGUGGAGGGACUGCGACCUCCGCCGUCCGCAGGCGGGCGUGUGCAGAGAGUUAACUGAGACCAUCUCAGACCAGCGCGAGAGCGCUGAGAUAGACGCGCUCGCGCGGGCGAUGCCCUCGCCAAUGCCGGCGGGCGGGCGGCCCUCGCCGGCGCGGUUCCACGAACUCCUGGAGCAGUUGCGGGCAACCCACUCGUGCGAGGUGGCCUACCUCGAGAGGACGAUUUCGAGGCUGAGGCUCCAGCGAGGCGAUGCAGCAGCCCUGGAGGACGAUAUCUGCGGCCAGAGAGACGGGUUUGGCAACAUUCAACGCGAGGAUUCUAGCGUUUGCGAGGUCACCGCGCCCGAAGAGCCCAGAGAGCUUGACGUUCGCCAAGAGGCGGCUGAUGACGACAUCGAUCUGGACGAGGCGCCGGCCAGGAACGUAUGCUCUGUGCAUGCGUCGUCGUCCGCACCACCUGCUUGGGGAGGCGCGAAGUCGCUGAUGAUCAGCAAGGAGGAGAAGGCUGAGGAGGAGCAGGAGGAGAAUGACAAACAAGAAGACGAAAAUGCAGCCUCUUCCCGGCCAUCAGAGUGCAUUCCGAAAUUCGCGGACGCGCAUGAGUUCGACGCGGAUGAGUUCGGGUCGCCAUCAGAGGACCAGCAGGGAAGGGAGCUCGGCCGCGGCCAGUACGUGUGGCAGUGGCAGCGCGCCAAGGGCAACUUCUGCAGCUACGCUCCCGCAGUCAACGCGCGCAUCGAGGAUGCAUACCGCCGUGGCUACUCCAAGGUGCGCGUCAAAAGCGGCAAGGGGGGCCAGGUGCCGAUGGAAAUCUUCUUUGUCGACACGGCGCAACUGGACCCCAAGUCUCGCAAUCUCCGCAAGCUGCGCCGGCUAGGUCGGAAGAGCUGGCAGGUCGAGCUAACGCGCCAUGCAAAGGCCGUCGCGAGAUCGGUUUUAUGGGGCGAGCCGCGCGGGGAAUCUGUGAAGAUGUACGGAAUGCGCCAAAGUUCGCUUUUGCGACGUACAGGCAUCAACGUCCACUCUCGUACGAGCGAACGUUCCGGAUCGUUCUUCGAAAAGGCGGACAACGUUUGUAGCCGGAUCGUCAGGAGCACAGUUUAUGCCACGGUUUCGCUGUUCGUCAUGUUGUUGAACGUCGUUUGGAUUGGGAUCAGCGCGGAUUUGUUCGAUCGCGAUGGCAAGCAUUUGUUUCACCCGGAUCGGCACUGGUUGUCCCCUACUGUAGAAUGUAUUUUCAUGGUGUAUUUUCUGGCAGAGCUCAUUGUCGAAAUCACCAGCAUGAAAUACAAGUGGAAAUGGUAUCGUAAUCCGGAUUUGCGCGUUGAUGCAGUGUGUACUAUUACGAUAAUGCUAGAGGUGUUGGUGGUCCCCUGGACGGGAAUCCCAACGCCUGCCUUGCAGAGUUUGCGAUUAAUAAAGUUGGCUAGGUUGGUCAAGCUUACACGCAAAUCUAAAGACGCCGCGAUCGUUUUGAGGGGACUGUUCAGCGGAAUGCGCUCGGCAGCUGUAAUUUGGUUGCUCAUCGCCGUCCUUCUGUACACCUAUAGCGUGCUGCUCACCACGGCAACCACUGACCCUGUUCUGAGGGACAAGUACUUCGGGUCCGUGGGUCAAACAGUCGCGACACUUAUCACCCACGGUAUCGCCCAUGAUGGCGUUGCCGAUUUCAUAUAUGAUUUGCGCAUGAACCACGGGUUCAUCCAGGCAUUGGUCGUCGCCACGUUCGUGUUCGUGGCCUACUUCGGGCUCUUGAACAUCAAGCUGCCUGCGGCAAACCCCGCCAGUGUGCCAGCGCAGCGGGAAGGAGGUUUAGGUUACGACUCCAUCCUGUUCAGUGCUCUGUUUGAAGUGAUGCGGCUCUAG